AUGUUUAAAAAAAUAAAAGAUAAAACAACGACCAUUGCUACCAAUGUAAAAGAUAAGGUGUCAGAGAAAGUCACUUCGAAAGACGAGAAAGAAAAGAUACACUAUGUAGUCAUGCCAACAGAGGUAUCUAAAGUUAAAGGUGGUUUCGUUGUUGGAUUCGGUAGUAAUCACGAGAAUCAAUUUGCACUUGGACCGAAACAACCGGCAUUCAUCAAGACACUCACCGGAUUAGAGUGUACCUAUCCACUUGAUAUCUCAUAUGUAUCUGCUGGUGCCGAUAAUAUCAUGUUCAUAACCAAGGAUAAUAAAUAUUAUUAUACUGGAUCAAAUAAAGUAGGACAAUCGGGAUCGAUGAAUGCAAGUAGUCCAGACAAUGCAGUGCAGAAUACCAGUUCAAAGAUAUCGAAUAGCAAGAGAAUUUUCUGUGGACCUUAUCACACUGCUUUCCUGAGUGACAAGGGUGAGUUACAGAUCAGUGGAAAGGGUGACUUGAAUGGACAACCCACCGAUGAUAACAAAGCAACGCCACAUCCUAUCCCGGCACUGAAGAACAAGAAGAUUGCACUGUACUCGACCGGUCCACGUCAUUCGAUGGUUGUCGACGAGCUCGGCACUGUUUUCGCAUGGGGACGUGCCGACCUCCUCGGACUCGGACAGUUUGUCGUCGUCAAGAAGAUCGCAACCAUCAAGCAUGAGCCAACCAUUGUUGAUUGUGGGCCAUUCUUGAGUCGUCGUGUUCGUCAGAUCGCAUGUGGUGACGAGCAUACUCUGGCGCUGUUGGACAAUGGUGUUGUCUAUGGUUGGGGUCGUGGCGAAGACGGUCAACUCGGUCACGGUGUCUCGGAGACACGUCAAUCGCCCAUCCUGAUAGAACCACUAAAGUCAAUGAAAAUCACUCGUCUCUCGUGCGGUAUGAACAACUCUGCCGCUAUCACAACGACCAACGACUGUUACAUAUGGGGAUUGUAUCACACCGCCAAGAUGGUGCCAGAGAAGCUGACAGUCGGUGGCGCACCACUGCAAAACGUGCAACAAAUUUCACAAAAUUCAUUCUACAACAUCGUGCUGGCUAACAAUCAUGCCUAUACAUUCGGUGCCGACUACAAACAAUCUACCGAAGCACAGUGGAAUCCUGUAAAAGUUCACAUAGAUGAUCCUUUCCUACUAACUAAAAAGAUAACUCAAGUCGUUGCAUCACCAACAGGUUUCUAUUUGAUGGUAUUUGAAGGAAGUAAUAUGGAUGAGAAAUUAGAAGGUUUAAAGUAUGGUGAAGCAGCAGAUAAAUCAGUAGUACCACAAUAUGAAUCACAACAACAAAAGAAUCUUAAUGCACUAUUGGGACCACCUCGUCCCAAGACAUCGACAACAACCACAACCACAACAACAGCAUCUUCAUCACUUUUCGCUAAAACUGCACCAAAACCAAGUAGCAGUACUACUAGUAACAACACAACAUCAAUAUCAAAAGGAAUAUCAAAUGUUAAAUUAGAUAGCGAUAGUGAUAAUGAUAGUGAUGACGACGAAGAAGAUGAAGAAGAAGAAAGUGUUUUAUAA